UGGCAUGGUGUAUUAAAAUGACAUAAACCUUGUCGUCAUACAUUUUUUUAACACGAGUUUAUAUAAGGGUUAUCGAGAGAUAUCAUCAUACCUAUCAGUAUUUAGUACUUGCGCGUUGUCAUUCUCUCUUGGCCCUAUUUGCAAAAAUAAAACUAAAACCAGGAAAGAUAAACUAAAGCACUUUGAAGGCGUAUCGUAUCGUACGUACGUACAUUCACUUCAAUCACCCAACACAAUACACAAUUCACAUCAUCACUUUUAUUGACUCUUAGUGUGUGCUUCAAUAUCAGAAUGCCAAAGACUCAUUUUUGCUGUUGCAACAGUUGUCAGUAGAAUUUAAAACGAGUGUAAAAAAUAUUGACAUACACCUACCUGAUGCAUUAAAAGUUAUCAUGUUGUUAAAGUUAAUAAUAGUUUCAGGAAAUAAAAACAAGGGAGAAGUGAUGAGAUAAAACUAUUUGAACAGAAACAGAAAAUGUAUAAAGACUUUCCGGUGAUAGUUUUUAAAGCCUUUUGCUGUAUUUUAAAUUUAAAUUUCUAUCGAAGUUUUGUGCCGUCUUUUGUUGCUUAAAAAAUAAUUUCAUUUUAAUUAAAAAAAUGGCAACGUUCAGUCAAGUAAUAAAUGAGACAAAUCUUGAUAUCAAUAACGAACCUAACGAUGUUAUCCAUCCAUCACAGAAAAUCAUUCUAGGACCGUCGUCGUUGGAAGCCGAUAAGAACUCAGUUUCAUCAGUUGAAUUCAAAACGUCGUCGACGACAUUAUCGUCCCCAACUUUUACCAAAGAACCAAGGACCAACGAUACAGAAAACUUUGCAGACCCCGGAGUACCGAUCAAACCUCCACGUUUGUAUUCUUCAGCGGUGCCAAUAUCGAAAGAAACUGAAAAAGUGUCAUUCCGAAGAUCGAUCAAAAAUGAUAACAAGACAAGAAUUCGCACAAUUGAAGAACUUCUUGAUAGUUCAUCGGAUCUAGAUUAUCCGUUAUUAGAAACACCAUCACCAGUAUUACCAACAACGCUAAUAUCAACACCACCGUCAUCUUCAUCAUCACCAUCAACAUCAAGAACACCUGCACCUAACGAGAUGUCUGCAAAUAAGAAUAUUUUCUGCGAUAACAAUGGUGCUUCCAAUAAUGACUUUUGUCCAACAAACUUGCCAAAUGAAUGUAUGGCUUCAACAAGCUCCAAAGCUAUUGAAACUAUUAAUUAUAACGAAAUAAGAUCAAAUUCAAUAUCACCAACCCCAACGAUGGCCACAGUAACAUCGACUGGACUUUCGGGUGUCAUAUCUGUGAAUCACUACGAGAGGUUAAUUGAAGAGUUAAAGUGUCCAGGAUGUGCUUAUCCAAUGAAAGCACCUAUAAAAUUAUGUGCCACCGGUCAUAGCAUAUGUCAAAAUUGUACAACAGUUUUGAUGGUUUGUCCACUUUGUAAGGAACCUUUCAUUGACCUACGAUCAUUAACACUUGAGGCAUUGUGCUCUAAGGCGCAUUUUCGAUGUUCAAAUGCUGCAGCAGGUUGUACAGUUCGACUGCAAAUAGAUUUGCUUAACUGGCAUGAAAAGCAAUGCAUAUGGAAGUCGAUGAAGUGUUUUAUGGGCCGUGUGUGGGGGGAUUGCACUUGGCAUGGGCGGGAAGCCCAGUGGAAGGAUCAUCUAGAAUCAGUGCACACUGACAGGGUUUUCAAAACAAACGGAGCGGAUUUAGUCUGGGAUAUGAAUGGAAAAAUUCAAUCCCUAGCCGGCUACUAUGUAUUCGAGGUCUUUGAUGAAAUGUUUAAUUUCUAUCAAGUUCACGAUAGGGAUCGAAUACUGUUUACGAUGACUGUAACAUCCACAGUACGUGACCGGAAGCUUAAUUUCGCAUACGAGGUGGAAAUGUUUCACAAGGAGAAUGAAGCAUUGGUGAUAACCCAACGUUUUCCCGUCCAUAGUGAAUAUGAUAAGGAUAUUUUGCUGGACGGAACAUGUGUGUGUGUUGCGUUGACAGACCUGUCACGAUUCAUGGGACAGGAAAAGAUUCUAUUUUAUCGUGUGCGUAUACAUGAAAUAAAAUCACCGAAGAAAAACAAAGGAUUUAAGAGGACUUUUCGCAAGCACCCGAUCGAUUUCCAACAGACGAAGAUUGAAGGGGCCAAUUUAAAAUGUGUUCCAGCUGGAGUGAUUGUCACACGAAGACCCGAUGACCCUGUUGUCACGAAUAAACCAAGUGAGAAAGAAGAAGAAGAGGACGAUGUGGACUCAUCUUCAGAAGAAGACUCAGAAUUUGAGGCUUACAUCGAGAAGAACUGGGGCACACCUCAAAUGAACUUCAAUCGAAAAUACCUGCGAAAUUACGUUUCAAAAGAGAGUAGCUCAUCAUCGGGUUCAUCGAAUUUGUCUAGUUCUGCCGCAGUAGUUGUAGAUGAUGGACGAGUUAAUAUUCCCCAAAGACAUGCGUGUGAAGUAAGUGGAACUAAGACCAAAAUGAAAAAUGUUACUUCAAGUUUGCGAAAAUCUUUUCGUUCACUGAGGACAGAUAUAAUUGACCUGAAGAAGCCAUUCACUAAGUCGCCAGAGAAAAAAGAAACGUUAAUAAAGAAAUAAUUGUUGAAACCUUUUUUUUAAAAA